AUGCCCUCUUGCUGCUGGAAUGCGCUGAACAUCGUGGUCACCACCCUCUUUGCUGCGGUGGUCCUAUUCACCAUCCUGCUGGCCUAUGUGACAGGCUACCAGUUCAUCCACACCGAGCAGCACCACCUGUCCUUCGGCCUCUACGGUGCCUUCCUCUCCCUCCACCUCUUCCUCCAGAGCCUAUUUGCCUUCCUGGAACAUCGGCGCAUGAGGAGCCCCGCCCGGCCUCGACACCUGCAUCACUCCGUGGCCCUCUGCAUCGCAGCGUACCAGGAGGACCCGGACUACCUGAGGAAGUGCCUGCGGAGCGUUCGCAGAAUCUCCUUUCCUGGCUUGAAAGUGGUGCUGGUGGUAGAUGGAAACCGUCCCGAGGACCGCUACAUGCUGGACAUUUUCCAAGAGGUGAUGGGCGGAGCUGAGCAGGCCGGCAGUAUGGUGUGGAAGGGAAACUACCACAGUGACGCAGCUGGAGGUGCAGAGCGGAGCGCAGUGCACGUGGAGGAGGCAGCCCGAGUGUCUGGUCUGGUCAGAGGCUGCCGGUACUCCUGCAUCAUGCAGGAGUGGGGCGGGAAGAGGGAGGUGAUGUACACAGCCUUUAAAGCGCUCGGCGACACUGUGGACUACGUUCAGGUGUGUGACUCAGACACAGUUCUAGAUCCAGCGUGUACCAUAGAAAUGCUGAAAGUCCUCGAGGAGGAUCCGAUGGUGGGAGGUGUUGGUGGAGAUGUGCAGAUUCUCAACAAGUACGACUCGUGGAUCUCGUUUCUGAGCAGUGUGCGGUACUGGAUGGCUUUCAACGUAGAGCGAGCCUGCCAAUCCUAUUUUGGAUGUGUCCAGUGUAUCAGUGGCCCUUUAGGAAUGUACAGGAAUUCUCUCCUCCAGCAGUUCCUGGAACCAUGGUACCAUCAGACCUUUCUUGGCUCCAAGUGCAGCUUUGGUGAUGAUCGCCACCUUACCAACCGGGUGCUCAGUUUUGGCUACAAAACGAAAUUCACGGCACGAUCGCAGUGCCAGACUGAGACGCCGACCCAUUACCUGCGUUGGCUUAACCAACAGACUCGAUGGAGCAAGUCAUAUUUCCGCGAGUGGCUCUACAACGCACUGUGGUUCCACAAACACAGCCUCUGGAUGACAUAUGAGUCUGUUGUCACAGGUUUCUUUCCAUUCUUCCUGGUUGCCACAGUCAUCCACCUCUUCUACCGAGGCAGGCUGUGGAACAUCCUGCUGUUCCUGCUGACGGUCCAGCUCGUCGGGAUGGUGAAGGCCACCUACGCCUGUUUCCUGCGUGGAAGCCUGGUCAUGAUCUUCAUGUCACUCUACUCUCUGCUCUACAUGUCCAGCUUGCUUCCUGCCAAAAUAUUUGCCUUGCUCACCAUCAACAAGGCCGGAUGGGGCACUUCAGGUCGGAGGAAGAUCGUGGUGAACUUAAUUGGCGCUGUGCCCGUCACAGUGUGGGCGAUGGUGUUGCUUGGAGGUGUGGUUUACACAAUCUACUCUGAAACACAAGAGCCAUUCAGUGAGACAGAGAAAGCCUUGUUGAUAGCAGGGACCACACUCUAUGCAUGUUACUGGCUUAUCCUCUUGGUGCUGUACCUAGCAAUUGUAGCAAAACGGUGUAACAAGAGAGAAGAGCAGUAUCAGCUUCCAUAUGCUGAGGUCUAAACAUCUGUGCAAGGUUCCACUGACCGGGUGAACUGUUACUUGAUGAACUGGAAGACAGCUCUGCUGCAAGUUCUCCAGUGUCUCUGAGAACCAUUGCUGAGGAAGACAUUUCAUAUCGCUGGUGCUAAAGACACGACAUCUGGAGCAAACGCAACAGCU